AUGCCAGAAAGCGUAACAUUGAAUGAAAUUUUUGCUAGAACAAACAUUAAUGAAGUAGACAAAAAAAGGUAUGAUAGUGCUUUUAGUGAACUAUUAAGACAUAUAAACCACGGCCAUGUUUUUUUCAAUUACAAUAAAGAAGGAUGUUGGUAUAUUAGCUAUAUUUUACAUAAAGAAGUUGAAGAAAUCCUUGGUCAAUAUUAUAAUUCAUAUGCAUAUGAUCUUUUAAAGCAAUUUGUAUUUAAAUUCAACGAAAACAGAUCUAUUAGAAGUGAUAUAUGUAAGAAAGAUUAUGUUUACAUAAAUUCUGACACAUAUAAAAUAAUGAAUGGAUUAUAUAAUCUGUAUGACGAGUAUACUAAAUAUAAACCUAUUCAUGAUAACACUAUUCCAAAAAAUUGUUGUUUCCUUUAUGAAAAUAUAAAACAUUUUGACACAGAAAUUAGAAAGACUAUAUUGAAGUAUAAAAUAUAUGAAUGUAGGGAAUACCCUUAUGAGGUAGGUAAGCUAAAUCUAUAUACACCGCCUGAGCCAGAGAAAACUAUUGCUCCGGUCCCAGUAGAACAACAGCAAGCUCCAAAUGUAUUACAGAAUUCACAUCAUGAAGUAACGCAUCAUCCAGUCACAGCAGUAGAUAAAGUACGCAAAGUAGAAGCAGAACAAGAACAAGGAACGGCACAUGACCAAGAAAUAGCACGUGAUUAUGUAAAUUCACCUGAACAUGGAAGAGUAUUUAAACCAGAAGGAGUACAUAACGCAGAACGUUCACGUGAACAUGGAAUAUCACAUGGAUAUAGAAGUACGUAUAACCAUAGAGGGGAAGAAAAAACGUUCAGACCAGGAUUAUCACCAUAUCCCCAAGCUUUUGCAACACAUGAUUCUUCAGUAAAACAAGAAUUGACUGAUGUAUCAUCAUUUUCACAAAAAUCAGAACCCCAAAAGGAAGAUGAAGGAUUCAUGGCAAAUAUGCGUAAUACUAUUACUGGCGUUUUAGGAGAAGUUGAUCCCGUACCUGUUGUUGGUGUAUCUGGUGGGAUGGGUGCUUUAUUUUUACUUUUUAGGUAUACUCCAGUUGGAGCCUUCUUUAGAGGAGGAAGAGGACGCGUACAUAGAAUUCCCCGUAGUUUCAAUGGACCAUUCCCAGGAGGAUUUCCAGGAUUUGAAGAAUAUGAAAGUGGGUAUAUUGGAUAUGGUCCAAUGAAUCCUCUAGCGGAAUAG